AUGGAUGAACCUCACAAUCACUCGGGCGGCAAGGCUCAGACUGCGCGCUUCCGCCAGGGUGUACUGAGCUUCUCUUCGACCGGAAAGCUGCAGACACGUCCACCAACAACUCCCAAGACCCGAGACCGAGACCAGUUGGUGAAAGUUGCCAAAGAAACAAUUUCAGUCUUACCUGGCCUCCUGCUCACACGGCCGGAUGCAAAGCCAGAUGGCUAUCUCUACGAAAAAGACGCUGUCACGCCGCUCGAUCAAAAAUUCUGUCCAAAACUACCAAAGACAAAAGUUCGUGUGAUCAGCAGCGACACCAUCGAUGCUGCCCUCCAACUUAGCCGCAGUCCAUCCCAGAAGCCGGUCUGUGUCUUGAACAUGGCAAACGCGAUUCACGCCGGCGGCGGGUUCAGAACCGGUGCCCUCGCCCAAGAAGAAGCCCUUUGCUACCGCACUUCUCUGCACUUCACUCUCAAACUGCGCUUCUAUCCAAUUCCAGACAAAGCCGCCAUCUACUCUCCCACUGUUCUUGUGAUCAGAGACAGCCUGGCAAACGGCCAUAGAUUCCUCGACUGCCACGAUCCCAGCCAGUUACCAGUCAUUAGUGUCGUCAGCGCAGCGGCUAUUUUUCAACCGAGUCUUGGCUGUAACACGGCACAGCCUAACCAGGACGGAAGCAGGUUUUACGCCAGGCGAGAAGAUCGCAAUCUGAUGAGAGAAAAGAUCCGGAUCAUCCUGCGAACCGCCAUCAAGAAUAGACACCGCAAGAUCGUGCUUGGGGCUUUUGGCUGUGGAGCAUUCCAGAACCCACCGAAAGAAGUGGCCCGUCUUUAUUCAGAGGUGCUCCAGGAACCGGAAUUCUCUGGUGGUUGGUGGGAGGAUGUUGUCUUUGCCGUGCUCCAACAAGGCUCAGCGGACAGCAACUUCCAGUGGUUCUCAAGGGAGUUGGAUGGCCUGUUGGUCUGA